CUUCCUGUCAGCCAUUAUGUUUGGAGCCAACAGCUCCAGUCUAACCCCGAAAUUCUUUAUCUUGAAUGGUGUUCCUGGGCUGGAAACUGCACACAUCUGGAUCUCCCUGCCAUUCUGCUUCAUGUACGUCAUUGCUGUUGUGGGCAACUGUGGACUCAUCUACCUCAUCGGCCAUGAGGAGGCCCUGCAUCGCCCCAUGUACUACUUUCUGGCCCUGCUCUCCUUCACGGACGUCACCCUGUGCACCACCACGGUACCCAACAUGCUGUGCAUAUUCUGGUUCAACCUUAAGGAGAUUGACUUCAAUGGCUGCCUGGCCCAGAUGUUUUUUGUCCACAUGUUGACUGGGAUGGAGUCUGGGGUGCUCAUGCUCAUGGCGCUGGACCGCUAUGUGGCCAUCUGCUACCCCUUACGCUAUGCCACCAUCCUCACCAGUGCUGUCAUUGCCAAGGCUGGUCUUGCCACUUUCCUGAGGGGUGUGAUGCUCAUCUUUCCAUUCACUUUCCUUACCAAGCGCCUGCCCUAUUGCCGAGGCAACUUCAUCCCCCACACCUACUGUGACCACAUGUCUGUGGCCAAGGUGUCCUGUGGCAAUUUCAAGGUCAAUGCUGUUUAUGGUCUGAUGGUUGCUCUCCUCAUCGGUGUGUUUGACAUGUGCUGUAUUGCAGUCUCUUACACUAUGAUCUUGCGAGCUGUGGUGAGCCUGUCAUCCACAGAUGCUCGUCACAAAGCCUUCAGCACCUGUACAUCACAUAUCUGUGCUAUUGUGAUCACCUAUGUCCCAGCUUUUUUCACUUUUUUCACCCACCGUUUUGGAGGACACAGUAUCCCUCACCACAUACACAUCAUUGUGGCCAACCUUUAUCUGCUACUGCCUCCUACAAUGAACCCAAUUGUUUAUGGUAUCAAGACCAAACAGAUUCGUGAGGGUGUAAUCAAAUUUUUGCUUGGAGAGAAGGUUGCUUUUACCCAAGACACAUAAAUCUUAAAACAGAUACAUUGCUUG